AUGAUUAAAACAGGUUGUCAGUUAUUAACUCGAUGGCAAUCGUUAACUGUACAGCCAUCUGUACGUCAUAUGAUUGCCGGUCGUUCACGUUCGGAAACACCACAAGCUGUACCGGAUGAUUGGGGUACAUCAAAACCACUUGAUAAACAAUCGAUAUCAACACCGAUAAAACGAAAUGAGAAACGUUUUGGUGCACCGGAUGAAGUCAAAGGCAAAGAAAUUGAAAUUUUAUGGCCAACUCAACGUGAAAUAGAAGAAGGAGAAUUUAUUAAACCACAAUGGGAAAGAAAACAAAUUAAUCAUAUAUGGUAUGGUUAUGACUACAAUGAUAAAUUUCGUGAUGAAGCUAAAAUGAAACAACGAAUGUUUUCUCUUGUUUCUAUUGGUCUUUUUCUAUUUUGGUUUAGUUGGCGAUAUUUUCCUGAUCGAUUAUUAACUCAUUAUUGUCAACGUGAAGCUUAUCUUCGUUUAGCAUUACGUGAAAGUCUUGGUCUACCAGGUGUUAAUUGUUGGUAUGUUGAUCCAGCUAAAAUUGCACCUUAUUUACCGAGUGAUGAAGAACUUGGUGAUAUGCCCAUUGAAAUUUAA